CACAAGCCAUCCUGCAGUUGGCUUCACACAGCUCCUGAAACUAAGGGGCUAAUAUGUCGAUGGAGGAUCCUUUUUUCGUGGUUAAAGGAGAGGUGCAGAAGGCCCUGUCCAAAGCACAGGGGCUGUUUGAGCGCUGGGAGGAGCUGCUGCAGGAAGAGACCCCAGUCAGCCGCGAUGAGCUGGAUUGGAGCACCAAUGAACUCCGAAACUGCCUGAGGGCCAUCGACUGGGACCUAGAGGACCUACAUGAAACCAUCAGUAUUGUGGAGGCAAACCCUGGAAAGUUCCGUUUAGGAGAACAUGAACUCCAGGAAAGGCGAGACUUUGUGGUGCAAACGCGGAAAACCAUGGAGCUGAUGAAGGAGCAGCUCUCUAGUCCCUCAGCUGUGGCUCAAGCAGAGAAGAAAAACAAACAGGCCCUGCUGGGGGCCACAGCAAAGGAUCGUUACGCCGGUCUGGAGCCUCACCUGGUGUCUGCAAACUCCAGAUACAUUCAGGAGCAACAGGAACAGCAGCAGCUGAUCAUGCAGGACCAGGAUGAGCAGUUGGAGCUGGUCACAGGCAGUAUCCGUGUCCUGAAGGACAUGUCCAGCGGGAUAGGAGAUGAGCUGGAUGAACAGGCAGUUAUGCUCAGUGAGUUUAAUGAGGAGAUGGACCAGAGCAGUUCCAGAAUGGACUCAGUGUUGAAGAAAAUGGAGAAAGUUUCACACAUGACCAGCAGUCGGAGACAAUGGUGUGCUAUUGGAGUUCUAGUAAUCAUACUGAUUGUGGUGCUCAUUCUGUUCUUUGCUAUUUAAACUGGACUCUUCUUAGGCCUCCAUCAUGCCAAAAGCUCACAGAGGAAGACAGAAUUUCACCAUGGCUCUUCCACCUCAGCUUCCGUUAUCUUUGUGAGAAAGAGUUAUUUUUAUAGUCUUUCCUCGUCUUUUUUAAUUCAUCUAACGCAUACAUCUUCUGGCUCUCAGCGUUUCACUCUCUCUCACUGCUUUUGGAUUGGACUACUUGUCCUUGGCAAGGCCUAUUCCAGAAUUUCACUGGUGCUGAGAUGGAAGUUAACAGUUAUUGUAUUUCUUAUGUUUUAUUGUGGUACAGAGUGUAAGUGGGGAUGAGGAAUUUGAUAUUGCCUUAUUAUAUUUUUAUGUUUAAUUCUUAAAACAGUACAGUAAUUGUGUACAUUAUAAAUGCCCAUGAAAGAGGUUGACAGUAUGUGUGCUAAUGGUUCACCAAUUAUGUAAAACAGUUUAGAUUUUGUUAUUUAAAGAAAUCUGAAUCAACCAAUAACAAGCAGUAUGAGUAAAGCAGGUUCAUAGCGCCCUCUAGAGCUGUAACAGUCACUAUAAAAACAUCUGUAACUGGUGAUACCACCAUCAAACAUCCUAUGAUGGUGUGCGUUGGAAAUUACAAACUAAAAUUAUGCCCAGAAAUCUAUGAUUAUUUAAAUUAUGUUUUUAAAGCAAAGUCACACCUUGAGGUUGUCAUUGGCAUUUUACGCCAUUUGUUCGUCCUUUAUGGAUAAAUCUGACAUUUAUUGCAUCAUUUGAGUCAGCUUGCAGAAAAGAUCAUCUGCACUUUUCAUGAAUCUUCAUAGAUGCGCUGUGUGCUUCUUGUAAGUAUUUGUGUUUCCCAUAUUUUAAAAUAUGAUUUUAUGCAUUGCUUUUGAGAUGACUGUACACUGGACUGUAAAGUUUCAUAUUACUGUGGAGAUGUGUAGAAUCAUUUGGACAUAUAGACAGUUAUGCCUUCUGCAUGCCACAGUGAUAUUCCAUACUCAUUACUCCAGUAUAUAUACAAUAUAUUUGUCA